AUGUCGGGUACCAUUCCCCCUGUUCCAAUCACACUCGUUGGAACACGAACACCAUUACUCAUAACUUCUAAUGAUGCAAAACGGAUGAAGUUCACUACUGUAUUGUUUUGUUCCACUCCAUUUUCUCUCAUUUGCGAUAUGAUCGUCAUUUCUAACAGAAUUGCAAGCAGAUAUGCUGAAAAAAAUUCAAACUCCAAAGAUGAUCGGUGGGUUUUUAAUGUUUUGAAAUAAAAAUAACAUUACAAGUAUUAAUUGUUUUUCAGAAAAAAAUUGAGAACUGAACAUCAGAAGGCUGUGAUUUGCCAAAAAAACAUCAAUUUGAAGCAUUAG